UUGGAUUUUAAGUUUUUUCUUGUUUCAUUUGAAAUCUUCCUCUCUGGGUAUUAGAAAAAGUGGGGGAAGAAGGUUUGAAAGAUAAAGGUUCAUCAUACUUAUGGCUGAUGCAUUUGAUGAGCAGUGUGACUACCUCUUCAAAGCUGUUCUGAUUGGUGAUUCUGGAGUUGGGAAAUCAAAUCUGAUAUCAAGGUUUGCAAAACAUGAAUUCCUCCUUGAUUCCAAGCCCACCAUAGGUGUGGAAUUUGCUUACAGGAACAUCAGGGUCAGAGACAAACUUAUCAAAGCCCAGAUAUGGGACACUGCUGGCCAAGAGAGGUUUAGAGCUAUAACAAGCUCAUACUACAGAGGAGCCCUGGGGGCAAUGCUAGUGUAUGACAUAACCAAGAGAACAACUUUUAUGAAUGUAAGAAAAUGGUUACAUGAGUUAAGAGAGUUUGGAGGUGAAGACAUGGUGGUUAUUCUUGUAGGAAACAAAACUGAUUUGGGUCAAUCAAGGGAAGUUGAGAAAGAAGAAGGAAAAGGGUUUUCAGAAAAAGAAGGGUUAUGUUUCAUGGAAACCUCUGCUUUGCAAAAUUUGAAUGUUGAGGAAGCAUUCUUACAAAUGAUCACUAAGAUCCAUGAUAUCACAAGCCAGAAAAGUUUGGAAGCCAAAAUGAAUGGGUCAACAUUAAGUCUUUCUAGUGGGAAGGAGAUUCAUAUAGCUGAUGAAGUCACUGCUACUAAACAAGUUAAUUGCUGUUCAAGAUGAGUGCUUGCAUGAUCAAUUUUUGCAACUAUCUUUGAUAAACUCAGUUAUUGGUUCUUCCUAUUUUCCCACUUCUCUUUGCAUUUCCCCCCCUCUUCCUUUGGUCUUUUUCUUUAAUGCAUGAUGCUCAUGGAAAUUUCUUUUAGAAGUGUUGAAUUGAUGAUAGAAUGUAAA